AUGGUCAGGUUCUCCAUAGCUUCAUCGAGCACUGCCUUGUUGGGCUUCGUAGCUGUGGGCGCGGCCACGCUCCGGCCACGGACCGCCCGAAGAGCAGAGCCUUCGCAGCCAUCGCCAGGGGUGCCACCCGUUCGUAUGCCAAUGGUAUCCACCGGCACCGGCGCGAUUGAUGUGAUGUCCAAGUUGCUACAGGAUGCCGAGAAGGAUAUCACCAUUUAUAUCAACUCGCCAGGUGGGUCUGUGUCUGCGGGCAUGGCAAUCUUCGAUGCCAUGCAGUUCGUUCCCUGCGAUGUGUCCACCGUGUGCUACGGCAUGGCCGCAUCCAUGGGGGCCUUCUUACUCGGCGCAGGUACCAAGGGCAAGCGGCGCUCGCUGCCAAACGCGCGCAUCAUGAUUCACCAGCCACUGGGAGGUGCUGGCGGCCAGGCGGCGGACAUCGAAAUUCAGGCGAAAGAGAUCCUGUUCUUGCGCGAGAUUUUGAAUACGUACUUGUCGGACUUCACCGGCAAGCCCCUGGACACAGUCGCUGAAGACUGUGACCGUGACUACUACAUGACGCCAGAAGAGGCCUCUAAGUACGGCAUCAUAGACGAGGUGCGGCCGGAGGAGAAGUGCAGGGAGAACAAAAACAAAAACACGGACUUUUUUGUGCACUUUGCUUCCGUUGGAGGUCAUCGAGACGAAGAGCUGGCCCAGGAGCUGCACAUGGUCGAGAUAUUGGAGAUCGAGAUCCAGCAUCAGCCAUUCGAGAAACAACUGGUUCUGGAAGUUGUGUACUGCGCUGUUUCCGUGCAAGUGGUCUGGAGAGCUGAUCUUCUUUUCUGCGCCCUGGUCGCGUCCAACAGCAUGGGCCGGCUUUGGGAGCAGGAUGUCUGGUGGCAACUCCGUCUGGGAGAUGAAAUACUUUUCCACGGGCAAGGCUUUCCAACACACGAGGAAUGGACAUACACUAGCAGCCACAUUCCAUUUCACAACCAUUGGUGGCUGUUUUGCAUCCCCUUCUCUCUUUUGUACCAUUUGGGGGGCGUGCCCGCGCUGGUUACCUUGCGUGGCGUACUGUGUGCAGUCCUGGCCAAGAUGCAGAUGAUGCUGAGUCCGGGGCCGGAGCGUUGGCUCCUGGCCGCGAUCUCCUUUAGGAUCUCUAAGCAUCGGCUCCAGUGUCGUCCAGAGCUCAUCUCGCUGGUCCUCUAUGCUGCGCUGCCGCUGCUACGUCGCACCCUCGCAAAAGCAGACGCGGGUCGCGACAAACGGGACGGAACGGUUGUGCUUUGGCCACGGGAGGUCCUAUGCAUGUAUGCCUGCGUGGUGGCUGCAGCUAACAUCCACUUCGGGGUCGUCCCUUGGCCCGUCCUGUUUUGUGGAACGCUACUGGCAGACGAUCUGUUCGAUCCAAGUGCUUCAGGGUCUACCUCCUGCUCUUGCCUGCCGCGGAUUAACCUAACGCCACUUGCACGAGCAGCGCCGGUGAUUCUACUCCCGUGCUUGAGCCCUCAGCCCCUAGCUGGUUUGAACUACAUCCUCCACCACCGGCCUGGAAAGUAUGCAGAGAAGCAGUUGACGAACCCAGAGCAUCGGAGUUUCCAGGAUGAGUGGCGCGAAUUCUACACGGAUCUUCCAGCAUGGAGCAGUUUCCAGCUAUCCCAGCUGCACCGGCAGCUAUUUGACGCCGCUACCUUGAAGCAUGUGCCAUGGAUUUGUGCUUAUUUCGUUCUGGCAGUGUUGGUGCCUCUAUGCUGGCUGCAAAGAGGCCGGCAUUCACGUGCUGCCGGCCUCAGGUCGCCCCUGUUUACCCUAUUGGCCUUGGGUGUUAUGACACUUCUGGUGUAUGACCGUACCCGUACUGUCGUUUGGCCGGCGUUUUUCCUGCCUGCAAUGCUCGGCCACUCGGGGCCGAGUCAGUGCCAGACCCCCAGAUUACUUUGGGUUAUUUUCUGCGUGCUGAUCUCGCUCUAUCUUAUUCUUGCUGAUUUCGAAGGACCUUCAUUCCAGCUGACGACCGUGAAUUGGCCCGUGCGGUCUGCAGAAUUCGUGCGAAACCACAGCCUGACAGGCAACAUUUAUCAUACCAUAACCUUUGGUGGAUACUUGCUGUACUGGCUGCCGAACAGACAUUUUGCAGACACGCGGGAAUAUUGCUUCAAGCACCUGGAUGAGUUGUACAAAAGUGUGUACCUGGACCCUGAACGACUGAAUCGUGACAUCCUGCGGAAGUACCAGGUGAACAUCUACAUCGGAUUGAUCCCCCAGACCAGGCGUCUACCAAUGGGCGGAUACGAGGAUGUUGCUAGCAGAUUCCUUCACAAAGGCGUUUGGGCAAGAGUGUACUUUGACCACGUCAGUGAGGUGUUUCUGAGACGGGCGGUUCCCGAGUUUCAGGACCUCAUCGCCGAGCAGGAGGUGUUUCUUAAUCCAGCCUUCCCUCCAGACUACUACGUGCGUGUAAUUCUCGGAAGAGAGCGAGGAGACCCCCGGUCUCUGGCAUCUCUGACGAGAGAUUUGGACAUGUGCUUGGCGAGGGAAGAGGUGUACUGUGAGUUGAUUGAGGCCCUGCGGGUCUCCGCAACUCAAGGCGCCCAAGAAGUUUCCUCGUGGCUCAGGCGGCUGCAAGCCAAGAACUCAGGUGAUCUGAAGAAUGAAAGGCGACUCACCCGAGAGUAUCUCGAGUCAGUGAAGAUCCAUCUUAGCACACAACUGAAUGGCACAAGCGCGAGGUAA